AAACUUAUGUUUUCCGACGAAGAGUUGGCAGUUCCGGCCGGCGAGGUUAUGCAAAGCGAGAGGUUUGCGUUCCGGUAAAUAGUAAUAUUUCUGAAAGAAAUGCAGUCCAUUCUGUCCUCAAUGAGGGCACUGGCCCUGCGCCAGAGCACGGUGGAGCCCCUCCGCCUGCUGCACCUUUCCGCCGUGAGCGAGGCGGCCCGUAAAGGAACUCGGGAGAAGGCCCGCAAGAAGAAAGUCAAGGUGGAAGUGAAGAAGGUUGGAUUCAUCCCGCACAACCAGCGCAACAAGAAAAUAAACGUGAAACGGGCGGACAAACAUGUGGAUGACUCCUGGAAACAGGUGCCCAAAGAUGACUGCUAUGUGGGGCGCUACUACCGCUGGCCAGUGUACUCGGUGCAGGAAGCCAUCCAGUGCCAUCGGGAGACGCAUCAUCCCAGCAUGUACAACGUGCCCAAUGCUCCCCUCAAUUUGAAUAUUGAACUCAACAUGCAGGCGGAGAAGAUCACACGUUUUGUGGAUAACUUCCAGCGCAUGGCCAUGAUUCCGCACAAGUUUGACCACGGCGAGGAGCGGAAGAUCAUAGUUUUCACCAAGGGAAAUAAUGAAGUCCUGGAGGCCAGGGAAGCCGGCGCCUCGCUAGUCGGCGGCGUGGAGCUCAUUAAGGACAUUACCAGCGGCGAACUGCUGCUCUCCGACUACCAGUACGUCAUUGCCCAUCCGAAUAUACUGGCCGAGCUGGUGGCCCUGCGAGGCCUGAUGAAACGCAAGUUCCCAAAUCCCAAGAGCGAGACGCUGGGCACCAACCUGGCCGAGAUGAUCGUCAAGUUCUCCAGCGGCAUUAGCUACAGUGCAGUCAAGGAUGAGUACCAGCAAAAUUUUGGCCUGAUCACCGCCAGUGUGGGCACUUUGGAUAUGGAUGUCCAGAAGCUUGAGGAGAACAUCAGGUUCCUACUGCAGGAUGUCAACACUAUGAGGCCCAAGCGCGAGGGACGUUUCAUCACACGUGUCCUGCUGAAGAGCCCGCCCAGCAGUGAGCAGCUGAAAAUCGAUCCCUUUCUCUACGUUCCAGAGAUGUGGGACAAGAGCACGGCGAAGGUGAAAAGGGACGGGGCCAAAAAGCAGACAGAGCCGGCGGAACCCCAAGAAGCAGUUGCCUCCAAUUAGUUAAUACAGAAGCCUAUGUAUUUUUGUUGAUGGAUUGUUUGUGCAUACUUUAAACUUACAUCUCCUAGA